GGAGCUGCGGCGGGGAGGUGGAGCGGGAACGCGCUGAGGCUGGGUGAGCGGCUGACAUGGCGCACUUGGGGCGUCUUAUGGUUCCCCUGGCAGCUCUGGUCCUGCUGUUCUGGGCGGUCCCUGGGGCCCACGGACGGCGGAAUAACGUGCGCGUCCUCACCGAUGAGAACUGGACGUCGUUGCUGGAAGGAGAGUGGAUGGUAGAAUUUUACGCUCCCUGGUGUCCUGCUUGUCAGAAUCUUCAGCCAGAAUGGGAAAGUUUUGCCGAGUGGGGAGAAGAUCUUGAGGUGAAAGUCGCAAAAGUGGAUGUCACAGAGCAGACAGGACUGAGUGGACGGUUUAUCAUAACUGCUCUUCCUUCUAUUUAUCAUUGUAAAGAUGGUGAAUUUAGGCGCUAUGUGGGCCCAAGGACUAAGAAGGACUUCAUAAACUUCGUAAGUGAUAAAGAAUGGAAGAAUAUUGAACCUAUAUCAUCAUGGUUUGGUCCAAGUUCUGUUCUGAUGACUAUGAUGUCAGCACUUUUUCAACUCUCUGUGUACAUCAGGACUAGUCACAGUUAUUUUGUUCAUGACCUUGGAAUACCAGCGUGGGGCUCAUACUUGGUUUUUGCUUUUGCCACAGUGCUCUCAGGACUGCUGCUGGGACUUUGUAUGAUAUUUGUAGCAGAUUGCCUUUGCCCUUCAAAAAGACGCAAACCACAGCAACAGUAUACAAAAAAAACAUCACCAGAAUUUUCUCAACCUCUGAAAAAAGUGGAGGAAGAGCAGGAGGCUGAUGAAGAAGAUGUUUCAGAAGAGGAGGCAGAAGAUAGAGAGGGAGCAAGCAAAGACACUUCUCAGAGCAGCAUAAGACAGCGCUGUGUGGGCCUGUCAUCUGCCACGGACACAUCCUAAGUUUUACAUAUAUCUUAAUACUAUGACUUUGGCAAAACUGAAGCUGGGUGAUCAUUUCUAUUGCGAGCUGAACUAUGACUUCCUGUAUAUACAGUGUAGGUCCUUUAGGUCGGACAGUUUCCAUUCAGGAAAUAAAAACAGACAUAAAGAGUUUGAAAAUAUGAUUUAAGAAUAUUAUGAUGGUUUAAAGUUAUUUAAUUUCAGAAGAUCCUGGUGCCAAGCAGUAAGAUUUGUGUUUAUAUUUAAUAAUCUAUUUUGUGUGACAUUCGAAACUGCCUUUCCCAAGAUUUGCAUUACUGGAGUAUUUAAGAAAAUUACCUUAGAGAGAAGGACUUCUCAUUUCACAUCAUUUUUCUCAGUUUCACUGUGUGAAAAAGGAUCAUAUUUCCCAUAAGUGGGAACAUUGCCCAUUAUUUCAAGACAUAUACUUCAUUGAUAGCACUGCAUUUAGGUAGAGUCCAAAAUUUCCUCAUAGAUUUUGGAUUAUGCAGCUAACAAAACUACCUUACUUUAUAGCUUUCAUUUCUACACAUUACAUUUAGGAUAUAUUGCUGACUUAAGAAGUUUUUAUAAGUCUAUAUGGCAUUGUAUUAAUUCUUAANGCUGAUGCCUAUUUUGGUGUCUUGUUCACUAUAUGAUUUUUGUUAUUUGCCAUGUGUUACAUUUUUAAGUUGGAAAAAAUUACCAGUAUCACUGUUGUGCUUACUGUGGGUAAACAGAACUUUUCUUUUAAGUUGAAGUUUACUGAGAGAACCAUCAAAUCGAACUGUUUACUUGAAAAUGUAUAAAUUUGGCUAUACAUUCCAGAUUUUAAAUUAUUAUUCUGAAGUUUUCUUUUCUCUUUUUAAUGUGAAGAUGAAAUUUUCUGAUUUUUAAAAUUUGAUGUGGAAAAGCUUUGGUAUUUUAUAUUUUGGAAAUUCAGAGUUUAAUUGAUGUAAAAUGAAGUCUGCAUUCUACUCAAGAAACAUCUACUACUAUGUGUUUUUAGUGUAAUUCUGUCCUCCACAGGGUCUUGAUGAAUUUUAUAAUCAGGAUAUUGCUUUGUGUUUGAAUAUUGUAACACUGUUGUGUUUUAAAGACAAAUUUUCAUAUUAUAUUGUUGACUGCUAGUACUGUGUGUCUCACAAAUGGAAACAAGAUCGGCAAAAGGACUACAUGGAUUUCAUCUUACAAAGUGGGAAGGGUAUCGUGGGGGCAGGGACUGUCUUGAUGUGUGGAAGGGGGAAAGCAGACUGAAUUCUUGAUGAGUCAGUCACCAGCCUUUAUGGAAUAGAUGGUGUCUGUGACACUCCCUCCCCUUAUGUUCUCUGUGUGACUUCCUUAGACUUGCAGUACUGUGAUGGGCAACAGCUUCUUUUAGGCCUCUCCUUUAUAGUUUAAAUGUUCUGCUGUCAGAGUUUGGAUGUGUAGUUUGUGGUGGCUUAGAAAAACAUUCUAAGCACAAAAUAAAUGUUUCUAAGCACUUCA